AUGGACAUGUUCCAACACAAACAACGGAAACGUCUCUGGCUGGGAACAUUUAACUCCGCUGAAGAAGCUGCCGCCGAGUACGACAGAGUUGCUGUCUCGCUCAGAGGUCCUCACGCUGUCACCAACUUUCCUAUUUUACCGGCGAAGGUGGAAACUCAAGUACCACCGCCGCUGAAUGGCGGAAAUUACGGUUGGAUUGAAGGUGUUGUAGAGACUUUAGGGACACUGGAAUUUUCUUCACUUCCCCAUCUUAAAACCCUUCUUCCUGAGUGUCUAACAACAAUGACUCAUCUUAAAAAACUUCGGAUUUUGUACUGCUUUCAAUUGUUGAGUCUUCCAAGUGACUUCCAUCAACUUACUUCCCUUGAAGAUUUAUUCAUACAUGGUUGUCCUAAGUUGUUCCAAAAAUAUCAGCCUGAGUCUGGUGAGUAUUGA